AAAUUUAUUAGAUUUCUGAUAAAUGGAAACUCAAGUAGAGAAGAAGUUUGAGAUUAAGAAGUGGAACGCAGUCGCACUAUGGGCAUGGGAUAUACAUGUUGAUAACUGUGCAAUCUGCAGAAACCAUAUUAUGGAACUUUGCAUUGAGUGACAAGCAAAUCAAGGAGCUAGCAAUAAUGAAGAAUGCACUGUAGCAUGGGGAGUCUGCAAUCAUGCAUUCCACUUCCACUGCAUUUCCAGAUGGCUAAAGACGAGACAAGUAUGCCCAUUAGACAAUAAAGACUGGGAGUUCAACAAGUAUGGAAGAUAGGAACAUAUUGAUAUUUUCUAUA